AUGAAAAUAGUGUUACAAAUUUUGUUGGCUUCUUUCUUUGCCAGCGGCUACGCACAGUAUGGUGCCAUCUACGGUUUCGAGUACGGUUAUGGAAUUCCACCUCCCGUACCACCACCACCAUAUCCUAUUUAUCAGCCUUAUGGAUAUGUGUACGGAUAUGAUCCGCAGCCUGGUUCAGUGGAAAGCAUUGUCGGAGGAGCUUUAAUGGCAUUAAUUGAUCACUCUGGGAGCUUUGAAGGCAUCGAAGCUCUGGACGUGUUCCGGGUUGCUCUUCACACUAAUGCUAGCAGCUCUACCCCAAAGCUUCUCUCCACCACUGGAGCAAUCCUGACAUCGAACACAUUCCUGUUGCCGUUGAUCGUUAGAGAACACUAUCGCAGAACAAAAUUUUUGAAGCGUCACGAGAUUCUCUUCUCAAGAAAGAAAAUGAACUAUUUACUUCUAUUCGUUACCGUUCUCGCACUGUUCUGCUCACCAGGCAUUGCUCAAUAUUCCUAUUACUACGGUUACUCACCAUACUAUUGGUACCCCGGAUACGGCUAUGGAUACGGAUACGGUUAUCGAAGAGGACCAGUUGCCAGAGGUGCCCUUGCUGGCGCAGCAAUUGGUGGACUUGUCGGCGCAUUGGCUGGGAAAUGA